UACGGCCCCUUUAAGAAAGCAGCUCCGCUCACUGACGACCCGUCUCCCGGCCCUGCUCCCUGUCCGUUUCUGCGAAAUCAACAAGAGAAGAAGGCAAGCUAGUAUCCACAAGCUCCGAGCCAACGGUGCUGGCUAUCUCUCCACACAGAAGGAGGGGCGGGGGGGGAACGCAACUGGUAUUUCUGUUUAGUUUUUUUUUCCUCUUCGCCUCAGUGUUUGCCUGCCUAACCGCUCGACACGCAGCAGGAGACGACAUUUAGACGGUGGACAGAAACAAGCGGAUAUUGUCGGCAUGGAUGGACCAAGUGAGCAGAUUUCGCCGUCAGACUGGCGCUAAUUUAGAGGUCCUGAGCAGCAGGUGUACUGACGGAUAAAGCAGACUAACGGCAAUCUCAGUGUUCAUGAAACUUUGCUACGAUUUACGUGCUGGGGUUGCCAUCCGCCAUGUUAAGGUAAAGCCCAGGUGCGCGGUGUUGACCAUGCUAAAGCGCCUGGACAAGAUCCGCUUCCGAGGCCCCAGGACAAGAGACGACUUCCCGGAUCUGAACGAGUCGCCGCCCGCCUCCGACAACGAAUGUAGCGAUGACAUGCAGCUGAAGCCGCGAGCAGCUCCGCGAGACAUCGAGGAGAGCCUGCGAGACCCUGCAGGUUCAGGGUCUCCCACCAUGGCAGUGGCCAUCCAGGACUUCCAGAGGUCGGAGUCAGACCGACUCAAUGAAGUCAAAGGUCACCUGGAAAUUGCCUUAUUGGAGAAACAUUUCCUACAGGAGGAGCUGAGGAAGCUGCGAGAAGAGACCAAUGUGGACUCUCUGCGGCAGGAGCUGGACAGAGAGCGAAGCAAGAGGAUAGACCUGGAGCAGAAGAUGAACGAGGUGCUCAAGACCAGGCUGGAGGACUCUCCGCCACAGCCUCCCCGGAAACAGCAGUCGCCCUCAAACAAUGGGACAGCAGAUAAACAGCAGAAGGAGGUCUGGAGCUCGCGCCUUCAGAAGUGGCUUCACGAGCGCUUCGGGGUUUACAUCGAAGACUUCCGCUUCCAGCCAGAGGAAAGCACCGUGGAGGCCGAGGAACCGCUAAGUGCUAAAAGGCUAACAGAAAAUAUGAGGCGACUCAAGCGAGGAGCCAGACCUGUCACCAACUUCUUAAGGAACCUGUCCGCCUUAUCUAAUUGGCACUCCGUCUACACCUCAGCUAUUGCCUUCAUUAUCUACAUGAAUGCUGCUUGGCAUGGCUGGGCCAUUCCCAUGUUACUCUUCCUGGCUAUCCUGCGCUUGUCCUUAAAUUACCUCAUCGCCAGAGGUUGGAGGAUCCAGUGGAGCAUUGUGCCUGAGGUCUCUGAACCCACGGAGCCUCCAAAGGAAGACCUGACUGUAUCUGAGAAGUUCCAGCUUGUACUUGACGUUGCACAAAAAGCCCAGAACCUGUUUGGAAAAAUGGCAGACGUUUUGGAGAAGAUAAAGAACUUGUUCAUGUGGGUGCAGCCGGAGAGCACCCGGAAACUUUACAUUUGCCUGUGGAUGGCUUUCAUCACCUCCUGCGUCCUGCCAUACAAGCUAAUGGGCUUCAUGAUGGGCCUGUACGCCGGCAUCAAGUUCUUCAUCAUAGACUUCCUGUUCAAGAGCUGUCCGAAGCUGCGGGACAAGUACGACACACCCUUCAUCGUGUGGAACAGCCUUCCCACAGACCCUCAGCUCAAAGAGAGGACCAACGCCACUGUGUCACGGCGGGUUCAGCCAGUGGUUUCUAGGAGCAGCCUUGCGACCAUCCCUUGUGGGGUGAGCAGGGAGGAGGAGGCGGGGCGCUCCCACAGCACCAAGAAGGGAGCGUUUCAUGAGAUCUUCAACGUGCUGGAGUCAGAGCGCCCUCUGGCUGUGUGUGAGAACGGCUGGAGGUGUUGCUUAAUAAACCGGGACAGGAAGAUGCCCACAGACUACAUCAGGAACGGAGUGCUCUACGUCACAGAGAACUACCUGUGCUUUGAGAGCUCCAGCUCCAGAUCCAGCUCCUCCAAGAAGAAUAAAGUUAUCAAGCUGGUGGACAUCACUGAUAUACAAAAGUACAAAGUGCUGUCAGUCCUACCAGGAAGUGGGAUGGGCAUCUCUAUAGCAACUCCUUCCACUCAGAAGCCACUGGUGUUUGGUGCCAUGAUCCACAGAGACGAGGCUUUCGAGGCCAUCUUCACCCAGUACAUGAAGAUCAUGACCACCACCAAACCACCAGCCAGCGCGGAGCUCUAGACCGCCUGUAUCCCGGCAACAGACCUCCACACCGGGGCUCACAGAGAGCCUCCUGAGAUUCAACUGGAAGAUACUUAGAAAACCCCACCGCACUCCUCUGCUCCGUGAGCCUCAUCCUCCUCUUGUGACGGCCAUCAGCUUCCUCAUCGGUGGUCCACCCUCAUAGGGGGGAGGGGGGUCGGCUAGUUGCAUCACACACUUUUGGUGGGUGUUGGAUAAUAAACAAAAUCCGCUAACUGUUCCUGAGGAGGGGUGAGGAUCGGUGUGAUUUGUAUCAAUCGGUAGCCGGCUGGCAGGGGGGCUGGUUCUCCUCUCCCACCUGACUGACUGGUUUCCUGAAUUACUUGUUUCUGUGUUUGCAUGUGUGAGUGGGUGUGUGUGUGUGCAAAAGCGAUGGUCUUAAAGUGCGUCAAGUGGCUCUAUUUACUUCUGCUGUGGUAGGAAGAUGUCAAGAAGUGCUCGACUUUGGCCGUCAAAUGAAUAUCAUACAACAAGUAGAAGAUAAACAGGAGCUUCUUUUAACUGCCAGACAUCUGUAGGAACAAAUAUAUGAAUGUUGGCUCUCAGUGCAAAAGCAUUUAGACAUUUAACUGGCUGAUCGGUGCCUCGUGGCAUAGCCCAACAGAAUUAUGUGAGUGGUCUUUUCUUUUUUAUAAAUAAAUGUGUACUAGCUGUGAAAACGUCCGGUCACUGUUUGACUGACACAGAGCCUUUCUGUUAGUUUACAUUGCUGCUGUCUGAUUUGUAUUUUUCCUCUUCUCGCUAGACACAUUUCAGCAGCAACGGUUUGUUUUAGUCUUCUUUGUCGACCCAACAGAAAAUGUACGCCGAGUUCAGCAUCCGCUUCGCUGUUUUGUAAGUGUGCGUCUGUGAAACUUGUAGUGAUUUUUCUUUUCUUUUUUCUGCAAAAUGUCCCUUUUUUAACGAGUACCUUGUUGGUCCCGGAGCUGCCGACUGCGUCCGAGACGAGAGCACAACCACUGUUCAAUGGUUCCAACACUGACUGCCAUUUAGCGCUACGGCCCAGCGGAGAACAGAACCUCCUCAUGUCCACGCUUUUCUAUGACCCCAUCUACGGUAUUCUCCCUGCACUUUAGUACAACGUUAACUUGAGCUGGAAUCCAUGGUCAGUGUUGGCAAAUAGUCUCAAAGCGACCACUUAUGUCCCGUGGUAUUUCUCGUUGGCGGUCAGAGAACCUUGUAUUAAUAACAGAUUGAUGUCUUUCUUCAAACGGACCAUAAAAGGAGGCGGUACUUUGGCUUGGAAACAAACUCGCGGGCAGAAUGACCGACCAAGGCCCCUUGCGCAUUAUAGUGUUGCGGUAUUUCCGCCUUUUUUUAAUCCUAAAUUUAAACCAUCGUCCAAGACCCCAGUCCAGACAUUAAACGCCUCUUUCUGAUUGGCUUAUUCUGACUUUCAUCAAUGCCCAGCUCAGGCUGUUUGGGGUCACAUAAGCAGUAAUAUACAUUCUGGAGUUAUUUUAAUUUUGUUUUUGUCAAACUGGAAAACCAGGACGAUGUAUGAGCAAACAUGCCUAAUUCUUUGCUUUUUAAAAAUUUUUGGCCGAUUCUUUCACUUGUCUGUAAUGCCACAGUGAGUUGAGAUCGACAUCCAGCUGCUCUUACACUUGUUAUGUAAGCUCUUGUAAACAGUCGUGUAUGAAGUAUAUGGAUACAAGUCUAUACUGAACGGAAUAUUUCAACGUCACUUUAUUUUAAAGAAGCCGUUCGUGAGAUUAAAGCCGGCCUUUACUCUUGCAGAGCGGUUGGAUAUGUAGAAAUGUGAUGCCAAACUACAUCCAACACGUCGCCGUGUUUUGGGAGAGGAGUAGAGACGGGAUAUGGGACUGGGGGUCAUUUCUCUUCUGACUUUUUAGUACGAGAGACGGUAGCUAUUCCACCUUCCCAGCUCCUAUCUGCCCAGCAGCACAAGCUUUAGUUUCUAAUGUGUACAUCUUACAGAACACUGUUAAAAAAGGGAUACCUUGACAUUUAUAUUUACUUUUAUUCUGGUUAGUUUUACUCACUGGACACCUCUUUAUGUUUGAACUAUCCUAGAUCACACUUGUGAACCUGGUCCUCUACAAAUAUUUUCUUUUAUCUGCACUUCACACUUCAAAUGUCAAGGUUUCCCUUAAAGUCCAAACAAGUCAUCUUAUCAUUAGAAUCAACUGAGCUGGAUAUGAAGUUGCCCGAGAGGCAAUGGACCAGUUCAAAGAACCACUUUUUUUUUUUCAAACUAAAUUAAGGAUGGAGAUUUUUUUCUUUUCUUCUUGAUGUCCAUUUGUAUGAUUUGGCUUGUCAUUAAUCGGCUGCCUUCCCAGACAUGGAUUUUCUAUUUUUGUUUAGGAAUACAUUGGAUCCAUGAACGGGGGACCCCCUGUGGGAUAUUGGAGCCGGUGAAACCAGUAAAGUAAUUAACGCUGUCUCACUGUGUGAUUUGAUGGCUCGUUGUUGUCCUUAAAGCUUUUACCUGAAGCCUUUUAUAAUCUGUUAAGUCUGAAAACCAGUUCUCUGGGGCCUUGAGACUCCAACAAGGCUGCACUCGGAGCACAGAAUGUAUCACGUUCUAAAUGUCUCUCAUAUAUAUAUAUAUAUAUAUAUAU